ACUCAUUAGAAUGGAUCAGUCAAGUAACCUGUCAGAUCUCUUUGAGGAAGGCUUCGCUCUUGGGAGAAAGGACAAAACUGCCCUGCUUAUGCACAGUGGAAAUGGCUUGUCUACUACUUCAACAUAUGCUGAUGUUUCAGAACUGUCUAAUAUAGUGGCAUCUGUUUUAAAAGAUAUUAAUUGCAGCAGAAAAUUUAUCGGUGUAAUAUCUUCAACAUCUAUCCAUAUUCCAGCCAUCAUUUUAGGGAUUCUGAAACUGCCAGCCUGCUUUGUUCCUGUAGGUUUUCAGGCAAAUACUGCCCUCAAUGAAUUCAUUUUCAGCAAGCUUAACAUUGAACAUGUUAUUUGUAUGAAAAGAGAUAGUCCGCAAUUUAUAGAAAAACUUGGAAAACAGUUGAACUUUCAUUGCUUGGAUACACCAGCCCUUUUCCCCUAUCAACUGGUGGUGUUAAAACAAAUGUCUCAGGCAAGUGACCAUAAGCAAGAACAAGAUAAUGCUGGAAUAGCCUAUGCCAUGCAUACUUCAGGCACAACCGGGAGACCGAAAAUCGUCAGGGUACCUCACAGAUGCAUCGUUCCAAAUAUUAUAAGUUUAAGAACCAAAUUGAAAGUGACACAUGAUGAUGUCGUGUUUAUGGCAUCACCUCUGACAUUUGACCCUUGUAUUGUUGAAAUGUUUUUGGCUUUGUCUACCGGUGCUGCAUUGUUUAUGGUUCCCAUGACAACAAAGUUGAUGCCACAAAAGCUUGCACAAGCACUGCAAGACAACAACGUUACAAUUUUACAGGCCACAUCUAGCCUUGUCUCAAGAUUUGGACCAACACUUUUAAAGAACACCAUUUUAAGUAGAGAUACUAAACUUAGAGCACUUGUACUUGGUGGUGAGCAAUGCCCAGUGCCAGCUGUUUUAUGUAACUGGAGAGCAGAAGGCAAUGUGACCACAAUGUGGAAUAUAUACGGCAUCACGGAGGUUUCAAGCUGGGCAUCUUUAUACCAAAUUCCAGAACAAGACAUCAAGAAUGCAAUAAAUCAAAGUGUACCACUUGGGGAACCUCUGCUUGGAACUGUGAUUCAGGUCAGGGAUGAUAGAGGGCAGGCUAUAACUUCUGGAAAAGGUCAUCUUUACAUAGGUGGAAAAGAGAGAGUUUGCCUGGUGGAUAAUGAGUGUGUCCUUGUACCUGGGACGUUGAGGGCAUCCGGAGAUAUUGUGCAGUUUACAUCAAAGGGGCUUGUGUAUGUUGGUAGGAUCGACCAACAAAUUAAGAGGCAUGGACAACGCAUCAACCUGCAACAACUAACUGAGGUUAUAUUAUCAGCUCUGAUAUUCAACAGUUGCUGUUUGCUAUAUGAAACAGAAACUGAUGAGCUCUUGUUGUUUGCUGUGCCAAAGUUCGGUUUAACGGAACAGAUGUCCUUUAACAUGAUAUAUAAGGAACUGGAAAACACCCUGCCAAAGAAUUGCAUUCCUGAUCAAGUUUGUCUGCUAGAUGAGCUACCAGUGACUAGGCAUGGUAAAGUGGAUGCUAAGAAGCUGCUGGAACAAAGAAAAGUGGCUAGGUUGUGCAAAAAUGGUGGUUGCCUAUCAAAUGAAGAGCUUCAUAAUUUGUGGAAGGAUAUUCUUCAAGUUGAUAGUAAAAUUGAAGAUGACAGUAACUUCAUUCAAUUAGGUGGUGAUUCAUUCCAAGCCGUGAGACUACUAAACCAGAUUGAACUAGUUAUAGGGCGGUCUAUACCGGAUCUACUAGAUUUUAUACUACAUAGAACAUAUCAUGAAGUCUUUGAACUUGUGAAAAAUGAAUCCUGUGUAACGUUUAAACAUGGACAUAACUUUGAAAGCAUUCCCUUUGUGGAACAGAGCAGCUCAUCAGUUCCUUGUGGAUUGUUGCAAAAUGAUGUUUUAACCAACAAACAGUUUACUGAUAUGAGAUCAGAACAUUGUACUUCGAAAUUUGAAAAGGUUUCUCAGCAGAUUUCAUUGCACGACAACGUGGAACUUAAAAAAAGAACUUUAGGUCUGAUUAAAAAUGAUGGUAGUUUAUCAUCAAAGAAAUCCAAGAAGGAUGCUGCUGAUACAUUCCAAAUGGACGUAAAUAGAGAAUCACUGGAUUGUUCUAUUAAAAACGAAACAAUGACUGUAUACUCUUCCAUAAGACGAGGAUCACAAGUAUUGCAACAUCAUAAGAAACAAAAUAAAUUACUACAGAAUGUCAACAGAGGGCAGCAGACUGUAUGCAUUGUGGAGAAGUGGAAGUGUGACACAGGCAAAUGUAUUGAUGCAUCUCCGCUUUUAGUUACUACAGAUGGAGUAAAUGCUGUUGUGUACAUUGGGUCUCACUCGCACAAGUUUCUAGCUAUCUCAUGUAAGACUGGGGUGCCGAUUUGGAGCACAACUCUAGGAGAUCGUGUUGAGUCAUCAGCUUGCCUUUCAAUGUGUGCAAGUUAUAUUGUAUUUGGAUGUUAUGAUCAUAAUGUUUACAUAUUAAAUGCAAAGAAUGGAGAAAUAAUUUGGUUUUGGAAAACGAGUGGACCAGUCAAAAGCUCACCUAUCGUCCACCCACAUACUGGCAUUAUUUAUGUUGGUUCACAUGACCAAAAUAUUCAUGCGCUUGACAUAAAGAACAAGCAAUGUCUGUUUUCUACCCACUGUGGUGGAGGUUCGGUGUUUUCGUCUCCAUGCAUUGAUGUUACUAUGGGAACCAUUUAUGUUGGGACAUUAAGUGGUAUUCUAACUUGCAUCAAUUUGGUAUCUGGUGAAAUUAAGUGGAUGUAUAGAAUUGGCAAGCCAAUCUUUUCGUCGCCAGCCGUAACAAAGGAAGGCGUCAUGGUAGGAUGUGUUGACAAUUACCUCUAUCACAUCAGCUCAUUGAAUGAAAUGAUUUGGUCUUUUAAAACGGAUGCACCAAUUUUUUCUUCACCCUGUCUAUCAUCAACCAAUGAUUUAACAGUGUUUGGGUCACAUGAUUCAUGUAUCUACUGCAUUCACUCCUCAACUGGGAAACAGGUGUGGAGGUUUAAAACCACGUCUCCUGUGUAUGCUACACCUUUUGUAUUUUACAACGAUCUUCUGCAAUCAGCCGAGGGAAAUAGUGAAUAUUUUGUUGUUUGUUGUUGUACAGAGGGAUCUUUAUAUAUCCUGAAUUUAUCAACAGGGUGUUUAGUGUUAUCAUGGGUAGCGAGCCAUCUGAAAUUAAGACUUUUCAAAAUAUAA